AUGUCGGUCAUCAACAUAUCCUCAAAUGAGCAAUUUAGCUCGCUCCUAACCUCUUCUCGAGUUGUCGUCGCCGAUUUCUAUGCCGACUGGUGUGGACCAUGCAAAGCCAUCGCCCCCGUUUAUGACUCCCUGGCUCGCCAGCUAUCCCGCCCGAACCAAAUAACAUUCACCAAGAUCAACGGUGAUCAGCAGAAGGACCUGGCGCAGGCGUAUAGCGUCCGAUCUUACCCCACCUUCAUCGUCUUCGAGAACGGCCGCAAGACUCAAACCGUCGCCGGCGCAGACCCCCGCCGCCUAAACGAAGUCAUCCAGAAACUCGCCACCGAAGCCACAAAGUCCGACGGCGCAGCAUCUGGCGAUGCCGAAUCCAGCGGCACUGGCUGGGUUGGCACCACCGUCGCCAAGGGCUACGCGGACGUGACCGACCAAGUCGAGGUGAAGGGACUGGAGCUUCUAAACCGGGACAGCGAGCGGGGCGAGGCGCGCGUGCUCUUCGCGGGCAACAAGCCGUCUGGUAUUGCGGGCAAGGGCAAGGCAAAGGCCGAGGGCAAAGCUGACUGGGUGGAGAGCGACACGGACGAGCAGCUUAUGCUUUACGUGCCGUUCCAGUCGACACUGAAGGUGCACUCGUUGCAUGUUACCUCGUUUGCGGUCGCUGAUGAGGACGAUGAUGAGGCGCCCAUGCGGCCGAAGACUAUCAAGCUUUAUGUCAACCGUUCGCAUGUGCUUGGAUUUGACGAGGCGGAUGACAUUCCGGCUGUGCAGACGGUGGAGAUCAAGGAGGAGGACUGGGAUGCGAAGACGGGAACUGCGCGGAUUGAUUUGCGAUUUGUUAAGUUCCAGAACGUUACGUCGUUGGUGCUUUUCUUUGUGGAUGGUGACGGAGAUAGUGAGAAGUUACGUGUUGACCGAGUUCGCAUUAUUGGUGAUUCGGGUGAGAAGCGGUCGAUGGGCAAGCUGGAGAAGAUUGGCGAUGAGCCUGGGGAGUAA